AUGCUGUUGCUCCCCUACACAGUAAGGCGGGCCACCGUGGCCCUCAACCGGUCACCGUGGCCCCUCAACCGGUCACCGUGGCCCUCAACCGGUCACCGUGGCCCUCAACCGGUCACCGUGGCCCCUCAACCGGUCACCGUGGCCCGCAACCGGUCACCGUGGCCCCUCAACCGGUCACCGUGGCCCUCAACCGGUCACCGUGGCCCCUCAACCGGUCACCGUGGCCCUCAACCGGUCACCGUGGCCCCUCAACCGGUCACCGUGGCCCUCAACCGGUCACCGUGGCCCCUCAACCGGUCACCGUGGCCCUCAACCGGUCACCGUGGCCCCUCAACCGGUCACCGUGGUCCUCAACCGGUCACCGUGGUCCUCAACCGGUCACCGUGGCCCCUCAACCGGUCACCGUGGCCCCUCAACCGGUCACCGUGGUCCCUCAACCGGUCACCGUGGCCCCUCAACCGGUCACCGUGGUCCCUCAACCGGUCACCGUGGUCCCUCAACCGGUCACCGUGGCGCCUCAACCGGUCACCGUGGCGCCUCAACCGGUCACCGUGGUCCCUCAACCGGUCACCGUGGCGCCUCAACCGGUCACCGUGGCGCCUCAACCGGUCACCGUGGCCCCUCAACCGGUCACCGUGGCCCCUCAACCGGUCACCGUGGCCCCUCAACCGGUCACCGUGGCCCUCAACCGGUCACCGUGGCCCCUCAACCGGUCACCGUGGCCCUCAACCGGUCACCGUGGCCCCUCAACCGGUCACCGUGGCCCUCAACCGGUCACCGUGGCCCCUCAACCGGUCACCGUGGUCCCUCAACCGGUCACCGUGGUCCCUCAACCGGUCACCGUGGUCCCUCAACCGGUCACCGUGGUCCCUCAACCGGUCACCGUGGCGCCUCAACCGGUCACCGUGGCGCCACAACCGGUCACCGUGGUCCCUCAACCGGUCACCGUGGCGCCUCAACCGGUCACCGUGGCCCCUCAACCGGUCACCGUGGCCCCUCAACCGGUCACCGUGGCCCCUCAACCGGUCACCGUGGCCCCUCAACCGGUCACCGUGGCCCUCAACCGGUCACCGUGGCGCCUCAACCGGUCACCGUGGCGCCUCAACCGGUCACUGUGGCCCUCAACCGGUCACCGUGGCGCCUCAACCGGUCACUGUGGCCCCUCAACCGGUCACCGUGGCGCCUCAACCGGUCACCGUGGCCCCUCAACCGGUCACCGUGGCGCCUCAACCGGUCACCGUGGCCCCUCAACCGGUCACCGUGGCGCCUCAACCGGUCACCGUGGCGCCUCAACCGGUCACUGUGGCCCCUCAACCGGUCACCGUGGCCCUCAACCGGUCACCGUGGCGCCUCAACCGGUCACCGUGGCGCGUCAACCGGUCACCGUGGCCCUCAACCUGCCUCAAACGCACGCCCUGA